AAUAGUGAUUUGACUCAACGCAUUAUUAGUCCCUUUCUCACAUUCUCAAAUACAAAUACGCUUCUCUCUCUCUCUCCUCUCUCUCUCUCUCUCUAUAUAUAUAUAUACACACACACACGAAACACUUGAAUUCAUCUCUGUGUGUGUAAUAGAGAAAACCCAGAAACCAAUUUCUCUUGUUUCAACACAUUUCACCCAAAAGAUCAAAGCUUUUUUUUUUUUUUUUGAUGGCUCGUUUGCUCAUUUGCUUCUUCAUAGUCAUGGUCUUCAUGGCAUCAUCAUCAUCAUCCUCAUCAUCACCGAUAUCAUCAAGAAAGCUUUUGGGGAUGAUGAAGAAGCAAGAAAUGGCUGUAAGGGAAGAGAAGAAGAGCCACGUGCCUCACGUGACAAAGUCUACAACGUUAGCUUCACUUCCAAAGGGAAAGGUCCCGAGCAACUCUGCGCCGAGCAAGAAAGGUCACUCCGCCAUUGCCAAUCACAAGCUCUUCGCCCGACAUCUUUACUCCAUCGGUCGCCUCCUUCGCUCUGUUCCUAGCCCCGCUUUUGGCCACUGAUAUCUCUCUCUCUCUCUCUCUCUCUCUCUCUCUCUCUCUCUCUCUCUCUCUCUCUUCCUAUAUACAUCUCUUCUUUCAUUCAACGUGCUUUCCCUUUAUACAAAAUGACUUUCAUUUUAUUUAUCUAAAUACCCCCCAAAAAAAAAUACGAUUUAUUGAACCGUAACGAUUUGUGGGGAGGGGGUCCAAGAUCUUGUUUAAUUAACAUUUGAUGGGCCAAAAAGCAUAUAAUUUUCCUUUUUUGUUCAUUUUCUUAUUUGACGCGAAAAUUUUAUAUAUAGAGAGAGUUUCUCGUGUUUUUAUAUAUAUAUAUAUAUAUCCAUGUAUUUUCUUUUGAAAUACUUGUGAGGACAAAAAAAUUUAGAUAUUCUAUCUUUGAUGUUAGGGUUUUUUUCUUCUUCUUUAGGUUAGUGGAAUUAAUUUCUUUGUAUAUGAUACGGA